GGCUGUUGACUGCUCAAGUGUGACCCUUGUGCCUGAGUCGGCGUGUGACCCUCCCCAAUAAAUAGGGGUGUUUGUGCGCCCGGCUCCUCAGAGCGUCCCCGGGGCCGAUCCUGCCGCGAGGAUGCGAGUGCUGGCUGGGACAGGGAUGGGAGUCCCCGUGCUCCCCUGGCUGCUGCUGCUGCUGGUGAUGUCCCACUCAGCCCACGCAGCCAUCCUGGAGGUGAAUGGGAACCUGAGCUGUAGGUGUGCCAAGACAACCUCGGACUACAUCAGUCCCAAGAAAUAUGAGAGCAUUGAGAUAAGGCCGGUGGGCAGCACCUGCAGGCGCACGGAGAUCAUAAUUAAAUUAAGAGCUGCAGGGAAGGUGUGUGUGAAUCCCGAAGCCCCUUGGGUAAAGAAGCUGCUGAAGCGUAUCGCUAGCACGUGAGUUGGUUUGGUGGAAACCCCUUUGGCUCAGGUGGCCUUGGACAGCAUUCCAGCACAUCUGCACUCCUGAGAAGUGCUCGUGGAUCUGGGGGGCUCUGGGGGGGCUGCUGGUGGCCAAGGGACUCGCUCCCAAGGCAGUGAGGGGCAAUUCUUUGCUGUGCAGUUCCACAGGACCCGUCCAUGGGUCAUGCUCUCCCUGGCUUAUAUGCACAGUGCUGCGUCUCCAAAAACAUUUUAGAGGGGGAAAAAAAAAGGUGGGGAGCAAUGGCAGG